AUGGAAUUCCAUUUACAAAAGAAGGCCACAAAAACAAAUGCAACAACAAUUUCAAUUGAAAUCACCAAACCAGUUAAAAAUAUCAAAUUAGAACCAGGUCAAUUUAUCGAAGAUAUAAAGUUAAUUUAUACCCAUACGAAUACUAUUAGAAAAAUUGGGACAACAAAUUAUACUAUUGUGACCGAUAAUAGUAAUAUUGAUAAUUUCAAAGGAAUUGAAAAUAGUAGUGAUGACGACGACGACGAUGAUGAUGAUGAUGAUUAUAAUAAUAAUAAUAAUAAUAAUAAUAAUAAUAAUAAUAAUAAUAAUAAUAAUAAUAAUAAUAAUAAUAAUAAUAUUAAUAGUAAUAAAAAUAUUAAUAGUAAUAAUAGUAUUAAUAAUAGUUUAAGUAAUAAUAGCAGUAAUAUUAAUAACAGCAGUAAUAAUAUAAGUUAUAUAGGUAAUAGUAGUAAUAGUAUAAAUAAUAAUGAUAAUAAACUGUCAAGGAGCAGAAGUAGAUCAAGAGGUUCUGCAAAAACAACGUCAUCUUUAACUUCUUCAAAGAGAUCUUUAGAUUCAAGAAAUCGUAAUAGAGAUAGAAGUUAUACAAGAAGUCGUUCAAGAAGUCGUUCAAGAAGUUAUUCCAGAGGUUUUUCAAGUCUAUCAAGAUCAAGAAGCAGAAGCAGAAGUAUAAGUAGCAGAAGCAGAAGUAGAAGCAGAAGUAGAAGAAGUAGAAGUAGAAGUAGCAGAAGUAGAAGUAGAAGUAGAAGCAAAAGCAAAAGCAAAAGCAGAAGAAGUAGAAGUAGAAGCAGAAGUAGAAGAAGUAGAAGUAGAAGUGAUAGCAGAAGCAGGAGUGAUAGUAGAGGUAGAAGUAGAAGUAGAAGCGAUAGUAGAAAGAAUAGUAAAAGGCAAACAAAGAGUAGAAGUAGAAGCGAAAGUAGGUUGCCUGAUAAAAAUUAUAGCUCAAAAAGACACCAAAAUUCAAGAAAAAGAAAUAGAUCUUACUCUAGAUCAAGAACAAGAUCAUGGUCAAGAUCAAGAACAAGAUCAAGGUCAAGAAGAAGAUAUGGUGGCAGAACAUUUAGAUCACCAAGAAGAUCAAGAGAUGAUAGUAGGGAUAGAGGCAGAGAUAGAGAAAGAGAUAGAGAUAGAAACAGAUGUAGAGAUAGAGAUAGGGAUAGGGAAAGAGAGAGAGAAAGAAGACUAAGAGAUAGAAAUAGAGAUAGAGAAAGGGAUGGAUAUAGAGAAAGAGAUAGAGGUAGAUAUAGAGAAAGAGGAGGAGAAAGAGAGAGAAAUAGAAAUAGAGAUAGAGAUAGGGAAAGAGAUAGAAAUAGGGAUAGAGAUAGAAGCCAAAGUCCACACAAUGAAAAAAAUAAAGGAUUUUUGAGUAGCAGUGGUAAUAAAAUUGAAACAAAAUUAAAAUCACCAAUUUCAAAUAUUACUAAAUACUCUGAUAUGGACAUAGAUAAUAAUAUUAAUAAUAUUAUUAAUAGUAAUAAUAUUAAUAAUAAUAAUAUUAAAAACAGUAAUAAUAUUAAUAACAGUAAUAAUAAUAAUAAUAAUAAUAAUAAUAAUAAUAAUAAUAAUAAUAAUAAUAAUAAUAAUAAUAAUAAUAAUAAUAAUAAUAAUAAUAAUAAUAAUAAUAAUAAUAGCCAUAACAACACUAAUGGUAAUGUUAAUGGGGUUAGUAAAACAACUUCAAGUCCUGCAAGUGAUAAUUCAACACCAGAGAACAUUUCUACAGACCUAGAUUCACCUUUGCUUAAAAAGAACCAACAACUCAACCUAAUUAAAGAACAAACGAAUAAACUCAAGACAGAAGACAGUAUCGACGAGUCAAAUAACAAUGGUAAUGAUAGAUUUAAAACUAAAUGUAGUUCAACUGAAAAUGAAAAUAAAAACAGGGAAAAUGAAAAAAAUAAUUCUGAAAAUAGUAAAAAUAAUCCAAAUAAUAAUAAUCCAAAUAAUAAUAAUAAUAAUAAUAAUAAUAAUAAUAAUAAUAAUAAUAAUAAUAAUAAUAAUAAUAAUAAUAAUAAUAAUAAUAAUAAUAAUAAUAAUAAUAAUAAUAAUAAUAAUAAUAAUAAUAAUAAUAAUAAUAAUAAUAAUAAUAAUAAUAGUAAUAAUAACAACAAUCCAAAUAAUUAUAAUAAUAAUAAUCCAAAUAAUAAUCCAAAUAAUAAUAAUAAUAAUAAUAAUAAAAAUAUUAAUAAAAACAACAGUAACAACAGUAACAAUAGCAACAACAGUAGCAACAGUAGAAAUAACAGCAAUAACAGCAACAAUAAUAAUAAUAAUAAUAAUCUAAAUAAUAAUAAUCCAAAUAAUAAUAAUCCAAAUAAUAAUAAUCCAAAUAAUAAUAAUCCAAAUAAUAAUAAUCCAAAUAAUAAUAAUAAUAAUAAUAAUAAUAAUAAUAAUAAUAAUAAUAAUAAUAAUAAUAAUAAUAAUAAUAAUAAUAAAAAUAAUAAUAAUAAUAAUAAUAGUUUUUCUGAAGAAGAGGAAGAAGAAGGUAGUUUAAACCAAGUUAGAAAUAUAUCACCAAAGAUUGGAAAAUAUAAUGAAGAUAUAUCAUUUUUAGAAAAGGAAUGGAAUCGUUUAGGUAAUGUUCAAAAUGAUACAAAUUCAUCACCAAUAAGUCAACAAUUAUCAACCUCGUCAUCACCAUUUAAAUCAACAGGAGGUAGUAAUGAUGGCAAUAGUAGCGAUAUAAUUAUGAUGGAAUCAAAUAAUGAUAUUAUCAAUGAUGGUGGUAAAAAGAAUAGAGUUUUUAAAGAAAGUCAAGUAGUACAAAGAGAAUCACUUGACGUAUCAAAAUUUAAAAAAUCAAAGGCGAUCUUUUUUGGUGAGGGAUGGAUUUAUAGAAAUCAUCGAAAAGAACCAUGUGUAUCAUGGAGAUUCAAUAAUAAUACUCCACCACCUGAUCCACGUUUAAAUAGAGAUUAUAUAAACUUGAGAUACGUAUAUGAAUAA